AUGGAAUACAUGGACGAACAGUCCAUAGAUCCAAAUUUAAUAUGCAGCAUUUGUCAUAAAGCUCUUAAAGAUCCAGUUUGCACACCAUGCGAUCAUACAUAUGGUCGCGAAUGUAUCACACAAUGGUUUAAUCAAAACGACAAGAGUUCAUGUCCAAUCUGCCUUAAAAUGCCCAUAUCAAUAAAUGAACUUACACAAGCCAGCCGUCCUUUGCGAAAUAUGCUUGAUCAAAUUCGUGUUCAGUGCACAUUGUGUGCACAAACUGGUCUACAACGUGGAAACUUUGUGGAUCAUGUCAACAAGAUUUGUCCAAAAUCAACAGUUUCAUGUCAAGCUGCUGAUAUUAAAUGUCCUUGGAAAGGGCCACGUGUUGAAUUACAAAGUCAUAUCUCAACAUGUGUUUUUGAACCUUUGCGACCAGUAUUAUCUUUAUUGAUUGCUCAAAAUCGACAACUGAUCGAUCAAGUUCAAAAACACGAUGAUGAAAUAAAAAAACUAAUGCAACAGGUGCAUCAGUUACAACCAACAGCAACAAAUGAAUCCAAUGAUGAAAGUGAUGUGUCAUCCGUCUCGGAAUUCUCAAUUGGUGAUUCAAAUCUGAAAGAAGAAGACACCAUAUUCAUAAGAAAUUUACCCGCUACCAUAAAAUUUAAUGAUUUAUUUGAUUUAUUUUCAAAAAUUGGACGUAUCAAGGUACACUGA